AUGUCCGCAUAUCCUAAGGAUAAUGGUGCCCAAGCGCAGCCCAUGCAGGCCAGAAAUCAACGCAAGAUCCGCUUGCUCGGCUGCACUUGGGAGUCGUUCUUUACCCAAUAUCCAGUCCGGCGGACCGGAUCUGCGACCGAGUCGGUAUUGCCUUCCGACUCAUUAGUGGAUCAUAGUAAUCCAUCGCGAUCUACAAGCGAUUCGUCACUGCCUAUCGAUAGAUGGGUAGACCAAGUUACUGCUUUGGUCGCUCCAGUCAAAUUGUGGCCAUCUUCUUCCAUAUCAACACACUCUUCUUCCUUUCCACCAACACCCUCAUCAUCAUCUUCUUCUUUCUCCUCCCCAUCAGUAAGCGACAAGUUUUUGAACCGACAGAGAGGGGAAAGGUAUAUUCCUCCACAUGCACGACACAACCACUACUCAACCGACACCAACGAGAGGACUUCGUCAUCGUGGCCUCGGGCUUCGCGUCAGUCUUCAUCAUGGACAUCUCGAGACAUGACCACUACGGCACCAAUUGUCCUUCCUGACCUCUUAGGUCAAAAACCAUCCAAGAUGGCACAGCGUGAAGCCAGCAACGAUAGAGACUCUGUCGAGGAAUCGGAUUACCACCGCAUCCGCCAGAAAUACGGCUUCAGGCCCAACUACAAUGGCGACGUCAUGAACCCGGCAAAUCGUCCACAAGAGGUCCCCAAGGAGCUGAAUUGCAAUCUGUGGAUCACCGGUCUGCCUGCCGACUGUACGGAAGGCGACUUAGAAGUCGCUAUUGGCAAGGCCGGCGCCAUUUUCGCAAUCCAUCUUAACCGACCUGACCUUGCUAUCGGUCACGGCACGACGGCAGCUCAUGUGGCAUUCAUGAAUGUCGAGUCAGCGCGGGCUUUUGUCGACGCCAAACGCAAAUCGGGCCUCUUCGUCAAGGGCCACCUUGCCAACGUGGGUUGGAACCGCAACCGUGUCGGCCCGCAAAACGAAACCAACCCCGCCGGCAAGCUUAGAUCGCGAGUCCUUGUGAUUCGAGGACAUCCGUCCAUUGUCAACGAGGAGAGCCUGACGGGCCUGUUUCGGCGCUACUGCAAAUUCUUUACGACGAGUAUCCAGAUAGUAGCGGAAGAGGAGGACGGUUCGCGGACCAUGGAGUGGAGGUUUGCCCGCGUCGCCGGUCAGGCCGAUCUCGUGGCGAAGUGUUUGUAUGAGCUGAAUGAGCAGGAGGGAUAUGGCAUCAAGUACCACUUUGCAAGGGACCCUUGUGAAGUCGACAUUGUCCCGAGCUCCACGCCGCAGCAUAGCGAGCUUCAAAUGGGCGCUCAGCGCAGGAGUACCUGUCUCAUCCCCCAUUUCCCCCACAUACCGUGCGGCACCCCAGCUCUGACUGGUAUUUAG